CGCUUGGAGAUCUGUGACGUCCUUGUACCGUGACCGGCGUAAAACGGGUUUCUUACCACCGGAGACAGAACCCCGCAACGUACCCUCGCUUCCUUGGAUAUAGACGUCAAAGUACCGCACGAAGUCUCUUUUCUUUUUUUGCUGUUGAGCUGAUGACUACUUCUGUGCCAUUCUGUCAUGUAUCUCUGUAGAUUAUUCAUGAUACAGGUCGGUUUCUUCUGCUCCUGAUAGACGAUCUUGGACUUCAAGUCUGACUCGUCCCAGGAUCUUUGUGUUCGGAUCGUGUGACGGGUGAGGAGAUGGAGGUCCCUGGUUACUUCUUUGCAGCCUCCGAGUCGAGUGCUUCCAACGGCAGUUCGACCGUUGUCGCGCCAAUGUUAGACGUCAACAAUCCUCACGGUCUCACGGAAUCUUUCCACUUUGAGAGUGUCGGCAGCCUGCCUUUGGAGGAGGAUACAGCUCCCUUCGCAUCACGGCCAGACGAGAUUCCUGAUUUAGACAUGCCGGAGUUUGAGUUCGAGCAGUUCGACGGCACGAUGGAGUUUCCCCGCGCGGAAUAUGCGAACAUGGACGUUGUUCUCCAGUAUCCGGUUUACCGCAACAUGUCUACUAUUCCGGAGGACAGCGAUGACGGGGAUGCGGGUGAUCUCUUUCAAGGCUAUGACGAUCCGACUGCCGAGAGACAACGGUCGUCUAGUAUGUCAUCCCUCGAGCACGAUGAGGACCCUGAUAACAUGAGGGUGUUCUAUCUGGGAGAGAACAACAUAAGGGCGCGCAUUCCGACGUACGUUUCGUCAGAGCCCGUCUCCGACGUAGAUCUCGAGGAUUUCUAUCGAGAUCCAAAUUAUGUGCCCGUAUCGACAGAGACUGUGGCACCAGCUGUUGAGUUUGAACAUAUCCCUGAGGAGGAAAUUACCGACGCGGAGUUUGAAACUCACAUGGCCGAUCCCUCUAUCCAUCGAACAACCUAUGAACGGAACCUCACGGUGGACCAAUUCAUCAGACAAUGGCUCUGCCAGUCUACUAUUGCACCCUUCAGGGACUUUCUGCCUCACCAGGCACCGAAGCCCUCUGUGGAGGCUGCCAAUGUCCUGGAUUGGGAGCGACCAGAGAGGGUCACACGGCCUGCCGGCUACGCGCAUCAAUUUUACGAUAUUCAGCAAAUUCCCUGGCGGCAGAAACUGCGGGUGAGCAGGUCGGCUGCUCGAGCCCUGCGUGAUACGUGGUACACUUCCUACCACAAUUUAGAAUAUUCACCGCAAGGGCUGGAGAAGAUUCUGCCCCGGGAGGAGUUUUAUUUCCGAGAAAAGGCCAUGUACACUAAAAAGAAGCCAUCGAUUGAACAUUUCCAGCUGCGGAAUCUGAUGUCGGUCAUGUCUCACAAUACCGUCCAAUUUUCCUACCAGUCGAAAGUUUACGCAUGGACGCCAGCAUAUGAUGACGUAAACUGUCUCAUCGAUCUGUCGAAGCCGUCGGUGGAGACUGGUCUGCAGGGUCCAGUCAAGAUCUCAACCAUGAAGUGGAAACAUGGGAUAUCGGUUGCAGGCGGUUUCUGCGGGGAAUACGCCAUGCGCGCCGACGGUGCGGAAGGCAAUGGUGCAGUUGGCAUGCUGACCGCGGACCCCAACGGCAUCACAAACCAUAUCGAUAUAGUCCGGCAUCGUUCGAAUCGGACCCCUGUGGUAGUCUUUGCCUCGAACGACAAACAUAUACGUACCUUCGAUUGCCAACAGGGACGGUUUAUCAGUGACCACACUCUGUCGCGACCCAUCAAUUGCACCGAUACUUCCAGCGAUGGCCGUCUCCGCGUUGUCAUCGGUGACUCUCCUGAGGCUUGGGUCAUCGAGGCCGAGUCGGGUCUCCCACUGCGGCCUCUUCGAGGUCAUAAGGACUUUGGCUUCGCCUGCGCGUGGUCCCCGGAUAUGUUACACAUUGCUACUAGUAACCAAGAUAAAACCGUCAAGAUCUGGGACGUGCGGAUGUGGCGUCUUUUGGAAACGAUCGACUCGGAUGUUGCAGGGUAUCGAUCCCUGCGUUUCUCUCCGGUGGGCGGUGGUCCUCGCACGCUCCUCAUGAGUGAGCCUGCAGAUCGCGUCGUCCUUGUCAAUGCCCAGACGUACCAGACACGCCAGGUGCACGACUUCUUCGGGGAGAUCGCCGGAGCGGACUACAGUCCUGACGGUGGUUCAAUCUGGGUUGCCAACGCGGACGAGCGCUUUGGCGGCUUUAUGGAAUUCGAGCGCCACCAAUGGGGUCAGCCAUAUGGAUUGUCUUUCACCGCGCGCGAUGAGAUCGAAGCCCGCGGCGAGGAGUACCGCCCCGAUCUGCCUCAUGAAUGGGCGCUGGAAGCUGAUCUGGAGGAAGACGACCGAUGCCUUCUCAGCCGUCGGGAGCGGCAGUUGAGGUAUCUCCGUAGCCUCGAUGACGAAGAACACGAUGAUCUCUUGCUGUAGCGUCAUAUGAAGUCGGCAACGCACUUCUCUUUCACCGGGCAUUUUGCUAUCUCGUCUUGGACAUAAUGAUUUGAUGUUUUCCCCUUUUGA